GUUAAUUCGCUCUUUGGAUGUUCUAAAAGAAAAACAUGCUCUGAAGUUUUCUGCUGACGAUUUGGGGUUUACAUACUUCUUGCGGACUUCUGGAAAAGGCAGGUUUAUUUUGACGGCGAAGAACGGGAAAGAACCCUUGAUUCUUGAAAUUGGCGGUGCCAAUGAUAGGGGGUGGAUGACUAAAUUUUUCUUUGUCGAGAGAUCCUCACUGGGAGUAGCAGGAAGAGUUCUGGUUGAUAAAUGGAGAGUUGCAGCAAUUAAGCAGAAAACAAUUCCCCUGGAUUUCGGGCCUCUUGCCGAGGAGAGAACAA